UGCUGUUGAAUGCGAGACAUUCCAACCAUUCUAAUGGAGACGUAGCAGACAACUUGCCCUUCAAGGCAUGGACAGAAACUAAUAGGUCAGGGAGAGAGAAGUCACCGGAGGAAGGCAGCUUUUUAAAAGUCCUCCCGCACCUCAAGCCGCGACAGGCCCAGCACAGGGAUAGAACCUUGUCGGUGGGGCACAUAAAAAAAAUGCUCCAGUUCCCUCAAAACCCUGCAUCCUGUCCCCUCUCGUGUCCCCUCUAGAUUCUCAUAAUCUCUACCUGGAUAUAUAUAGAGAAAGAGGCUCGCAGGUAUUCUCAUGUCGCUCCUUUGAUCUCUACUUCUCAGAGAACGAGAGAGAGAUACAACUGUUUAGAAUGGAGUUGGAGCUCGGCCUUUCACUCCCCAGCUCAGAUAUGAUGAUGGAGAAGAGGAUCAAGACUAACUUUUGCAAGAAAAGAAGCUUCGACGAGGUGCUCGACGAAAAGACUGUCACUUUACCCCUCUUCCUGCAGAGGGAGGAAGAUGGCCACGGCAACAGCGACAGUGAGCUUAACUAUGGUGGAGGUAGAGUUAUAGUUGGUUGGCCGCCGGUGAAAUUGCCGAGGAGGAGGACGAACUGUGUGAAGGUGAACAUGGAGGGGAUUGCGAUAGGCAGGAAGGUGGACCUCUCCCUCCAUGAUUCUUACCAGGCUCUCUUCCGCACGUUGUACAUGAUGUUUCCUAAGAAACAUGAAGACUUAACAUAUGCACAUGUACGUCGUACAGAGGAAGAAGAUGGAGGGUGUGACUAUAAGGUGACUUAUGAGGAUGAGGAUGGGGACUGGAUGCUGGUCGGAGAUGUGCCGUGGGAAGCUUUCAUCAUGACAGCAAAGCGUCUCAGGAUAAUCAACUAGGAAGCAAAAGGAAAGAUGAUUAAUACUAGCCAGCAAUAUCUAGUUGCUAUAUAUGUGUAUUUUAGUUUCUCUGAAUGAAUCUCCAGUUAAACAGUAA